AAAGUCCAAAAUUCCCAGGUCCCCAACAAAAUUCCCUUUCUUUCAUGCAAAAACCAUUUCACCCUCCCACCAUCUCUCUCUCUCUGGUCAUCACAGUCUCAGAAAAGAUGGAGUGAAAGCGACAGCUGAAGAGGGAAACGGCGCCGUUUGAGAGAGUUUUUUCAGGGCUUAAUCUAGGGUUUUGGAGUCAACAACCCAGUGUCAGAGUACGGAGGAAGCGAAAAAUUGUGUUAGGGUUUUCUUGCCUGCGAAGUAGCUGUGAGUACGAACAAGCGCUAAGACUCCGUUUCUUAAGGUUUUGCAAAGGAAAUGGAGGAGGCCUCGACCUCAAAUAUUUUAGAUGGGGAAAUCGUUGGAAUCAAAUUUGGUUUAGCAACUCAUCAAGAAAUUUGUACAGCAUCUAUUAGUGAUUGCUCUAUCAGCCAUGCAAGUCAACUUUCCAACCCCUUCCUUGGCCUGCCCCUUGAGUUCGGAAAGUGUGAAUCUUGUGGCACUUCUGAACCUGGGAAGUGUGAAGGUCAUUUUGGGUAUAUUGAGUUACCAGUACCAAUAUUUCAUCCUAAUCAUGUUAGUGAAUUGAAGCGGAUGCUGAGCUUAUUGUGCUUGAAAUGCUUGAAAAUGAAAAAGAACAAGUUUCCAACCAAGAACGCUGGCUUAGCAGAAAGAAUGUUAGCUUCAUGUUGUGAGGAUGCUGCACAAGUGUCUAUUGGAGAGACUAAACCAACAGAUAGCUCUUGUUCCUUGCAAUUGAAGCGACCUUCUAAGUCAAGAACACCACCUGGUUUUUGGAAUUUCCUAGAACGAUAUGGUUUUCGUUAUGGUGAUGAUCAUAUACGGACUUUGCUCCCUUGUGAGGUGCUGGAGAUGCUAAAGCGAAUCCCUCAAGACACCAGGAAGAAACUUGCUUCAAAAGGCUAUUUUCCUCAAGAUGGAUACAUCUUGCGUCAUAUACCUGUCCCUCCAAACUGUUUAUCGGUACCUGAGAUUUCAGAUGGUGUUAGCGUUAUGUCCGCGGAUCCUUCGAUUUCAAUGCUUAGAAAAGUUCUAAAGCAAAUUGAAGUCAUCAGAAGUUCAAGGUCGGGCAUACCUAAUUUUGAAUCCCAAAUUGUAGAAGCCAAUGAACUUCAAGCAAUUGUAGAUCAGUAUCUUCAAGUUAGGGGUACUGGGAAGGCAUCACGGGACAUUGAUGCGAGAUUAGGGGUUAAUAGGGAGCUUAAUGCCUCUUCAACGAAAGCUUGGCUUGAAAAAAUGAGGACACUGUUCAUCAGAAAGGGUUCAGGCUUCUCUUCCCGCUCAGUGAUUACGGGGGAUGCAUAUAAAAGGGUGAAUGAAGUUGGCAUCCCUUAUGAAAUUGCUCAAAGAAUCACCUUUGAGGAGAAGGUUAAUGACCAUAACAUUAGGUAUUUACAACAGCUAGUAGAUAAGAAGUUAUGCCUAACCUAUAGGGAUGGUUCAUCAACUUACUCAUUAAGGGAAGGUUCCAAAGGGCACACAUUUUUGAGGCCUGGUCAAGUGGUGCAUCGGAGGAUUCUGGACGGGGACCUUGUAUUCGUAAACAGGCCCCCAACUACACACAAACAUUCGCUACAAGCACUACAAGUGUAUGUGCAUGAUGACCAUGUGGUGAAAAUAAAUCCUUUGAUAUGUGGGCCACUAAGUGCUGACUUUGAUGGUGAUUGCAUCCAUUUGUUCUAUCCGCAAUCGCUUGCUGCAAAGGCAGAAGUUUUGGAGCUUUUUUCAGUGGAGAAGCAGCUGCUUAGCUCUCAUAGUGGAAAGCCAAAUUUGCAAAUGGCCACUGAUUCACUGUUGUCAUUGAAGAUGAUGUUUAAAAACUAUUUUUUGGAUAAAUCAGCAGCUCAACAACUGGCCAUGUUUGCUUCAUCUUCGUUGCCACGACCUGCAUUAUUGAAAGCAAAUGCUGCUCGCUCAUAUUGGACUGCUUUGCAGAUAUUACAGACUGCAUUGCCUGCUCACUUUGAUUACUGUGGGGAAAAGUACUUAGUCAAUAAAAGUGAGAUACUGAAAAUUGAUUUCAGUACAAGUGAAGUUUCGGCAGUGAUGAAUGAUGUUGCUACCUCAGUUUUCUUCGAGAAAGGUGGCGAAGAUGUCCUCAAAUUCUUCGAUUCUCUACAGCCCUUGCUGAUGGAGAACAUAUUUUCAGAAGGGUUCAGUGUUGGCUUGGAAGAUUUUUACAUGUCAAAGACAUCAAUACAAGAUAUUCAGAAGAAUAUUCAGGAUACUUCAGAUUUGUUGUAUCAUCUGAGGUCAACCUACAAUGAAUUUGUAGAGUUUCAGUUAGAGAGUCGAAUAAAAAACUUGAAAGUACCAGUUUCAUGUUUUAUCUUGGAGUCAUCUGCAUUUGGUGAUUUAAUCGACUCCAAGAGUGAUUCGGCAAUCAACAAAGUUGUACAACAAAUUGGGUUCCUAGGCCUACAACUCUCUGAUAAGGGAAGAUUCUACUCGAAGACUUUGGUUGAGGAUGUGGCCUCUCUCUAUCACAACAAGUAUUCUUUUAACAUGGAGUAUCCCUCUGCAGAAUAUGGACUAGUUCAAAGCUGUUUCUUCCAUGGGUUAGAUCCAUACGAGGAGAUAGUUCACUCCAUUGCUACACGAGAGGUGAUUGUUCGGUCCUCAAGAGGAUUGACCGAACCUGGGACCUUAUUUAAAAAUUUAAUGGCCAUUCUUCGGGAUGUGGUUAUUUGCUAUGAUGGCACGGUCAGAAAUGUAUGUAGCAAUUCAGUAAUCCAAUUUGAGUAUGGAGUCAACUCUGGAUCUAGGCCCCCGAAUCUGUUCCCUGCUGGUGAACCUGUUGGCGUGUUAGCUGCCACUGCAAUGUCAAAUCCUGCGUACAAGGCAGUUCUUGAUUCUACCCCAAGCAGCAAUUCUUCAUGGGAGCUGAUGAAGGAAAUUUUGCUUUGCAAAGUCAAUUUUAAGAACGAGCUCAUUGAUCGCCGUGUAAUUUUGUACUUGAGUAACUGUGGUUGUGGUAGAACAUUCUGCCGAGAACGUGCAGCAUGUUUGGUUAAGAAUCAGUUGAAGAAAGUCAGUCUUAAAGAUACUGCAGUUGAAUUCAUGAUUGAAUAUAGCAAUCAGCUUUCUAGUUUGGGAAGUAUGGUAAAUGAAGCAGGCCUAGUUGGUCAUAUUCAUCUGAACGAGGAGCUGUUAAGGGAGUUAAAUGUUGGUGUAGACGAGAUUCAACAAAAAUGCCAAGAAACUGUUAAUUCAUUUCGGAGGAAGAGAGUUGGGAAGAAAAAGUUCAACAUUGGCUAUCUUUUCAAAAAUACAGUUUUGUUUGCCAGUGAGCAUUGUUCUUUUCAUCAUUCCUGUGCAGACAAAAGAUCUGACUCCCCAUGCUUGAUGUUCUUCCUUCAAGCUACUGAAGAGUUGGAGACCACUUCGCAAUACUAUGCUGACUUGAUUUGCCCUGUGCUUUUAGAAACAAUAAUAAAAGGUGACCCUCGAAUUUCGUCAGCAAAUAUAAUAUGGAUUGAUCCAGAUACAACAACUUGGAUUAGAAGCCCAAAUAAAUCUCAAAAGGGUGAAUGGGCCUUGGAUGUUGUUCUGGAGAAAUCUGUUGUCAAGCAAAGCGGUGAUGCAUGGAGAAUCGUUCUCGAUUCUUGCCUCCCUGUGCUUCACCUAAUUGACACCAGGCGUUCCAUCCCGUAUGCCAUCAAACAGAUUCAAGAGCUGUUGGGAGUGUCGUGUGCUUUUGAUCAAGCAGUUCAGCGCCUCGCAACAGCUGUUACAAUGGUGGCGAAAGGUGUCCUGAAAGAGCAUCUUAUCCUCCUGGCAAAUAGCAUGACAUGUGCUGGAAAUUUUGUUGGCUUUAAUUCUAGUGGAUAUAAAGCACUAUCUCGCGCAUUGAAUAUUCAAGUACCAUUUACAGAAGCAACACUUUUUACACCAAGAAAGUGCUUUGAGAGAGCAGCUGAAAAGUGCCACAUGGAUUCGUUGUCAAGCAUAGUUGCAUCAUGUUCAUGGGGUAAACAUGUUGCUGUUGGUACUGGAUCCAGGUUUGAUAUCCUGUGGGACACACGAGAGGGAGGAUUGAAUCAAGAGGGUGGGUUAGAUGUUUUCAACUUUCUGCAUAUGGUGAGCACAGCAAAUGGAGAAGAAGCAACUACGGGAGCACUGGGGGCAGAAGUUGACGAUCUUAUGGUGGUAGAUGAAUUAGCAGAUUCGUGCUUGUCGCCAGAACUUGACUCUGGUCUAGAUAGGCCCGUCUUUGAAGAUAUUAUUGAAUUUGAGGACAAAUCAGAAACUCCUCCUGGAAAGUCAAGUUGGGAAAAUGAUUCCUCUGUAUGGGGGACAAAUAGUACAAGAGAAGAUGCCACAUCAUCUUGGGGGAAAACUCCAGCUAGAGAAGCUACCACAACUACUUGGGGGAUAGAUAAGGCAGCAGAAGAUACCACUCCUGCAUGGGGGACAAAUACUGCCAGGGAAGAUGCGACAUCUGCCUGGGGGAAAACUAGAGAGCAUAUCACUUCUGCAGGGGGCGCAGAUAAGACAAGUGAAAAUGAUACAUCAUCGUGGGGUAAAACUCUAGCUAAAGAACCUGCCGCAUCUUCUUGGGGGAUAGCCAAGGCAGCAGAAGAUACCACUCCAGCAUGGGGGACAAAUACUGCCAGAGAAGAUGCCGCGAAAACCGGAGAACCUCCCACUUCUGCCUGAGGGGCAAGUAAGGUAAGUGAAAAUGAUACACCAUCUUGGGGGAAAACUCCAGCUAAAGAAACUUCGACAUCCACUUGGGGGAUAGAUAAGGCAGCAGAAGAUACCACUCCUGUAUGGGGGACAAGUACUGCCAGAGAAGAUGCCACACCUGCCUGGGGGAAAUCUAGAGAAAAGACUGCUUCUGCCUGGGGAACAGAUAAGGAAAGUGAUAAUGAUACAUCAUCUUGGGGGAAAAAUCCAGCUAGAAAAUCUACCACCUCUACUUGGGGUAUAGAUAAGGCAGCAGAAGAUACCACUCCUGCGUGGGGAACAAGUACUGCCAGAGAAGAUGCCACACCAGCUUGGGGGAAAUCUAGAGAAAAUACUGCUUCUGCCUGGGGAACAGAUAAGGAAAGUGAAAAUGAUAGAUCAUCUUGGGGGAAAACUCCAGCUAGAAAACCUACCAACUCUACUUGGGGGACAGAGAAGGCAGCAGAAGAUACCACUCCGACAUCGGGGACAAAUACUGCCAGAGAAGAUGCCACAUCUACCUGGGGGAAAACUAGAGAACAUACCACUUCUACCUGGGGGACAGAUAAGGCAAGUGAAAAUGAUUGGAGUGGUAGAGGGGCAGAGAAAGUCGCACCAAUAGACCUCCCACCGACAACAAAAGACGUAGAUGAAAAGGACAAUGGAUGGGGUGCUGUUUCUUGUGGGGAAACAGAAACAGGGAAUGAAAAUGCUUGGGAACAGAAUAAGUCUUCCGAAAUUUCAACUGGUUCUUGGGGGCAGAAAAAUCCUCCCGAGACAGAAACUCAACCUGCAAGCUUGUCUGGGUGGGAUUCACCGACUGGAGAUGGUAAUACUGGUGAAAGACAUCACCAAUGGGGACAAAACAAGAAAAGUCGUUUUGAAGGUUCAAAGAGUUGGGUUUCUAGUCCCGGGGAGUGGAAGAAUAAGAACCGUCCUGCUAAACCACCUGGUAUGAUGAAUGAUAAUUCCAGUGUGGUUGGACUCUAUACUGCAACAAGACAAAGAUUGGAUAUGUUCCCUAGCGAGGAGCAAGAUGUUCUUUCUAAUAUUGAACCUAUUAUGCGCUCUAUCCGAAGAAUAAUGCAUCAAUCUGGGUACAAUGAUGGGGAUCCACUGUCAGCUGAUGACCAGUCAUUUAUAAUUGAUAAUGUUCUCAAUUACCACCCGGAUAAAGCUGUUAAAAUGGGUUCUGGAAUUGGCCAUCUCACAGUUGAUAGGCACGGCAGUUUCCAGGACAGCAGAUGCUUUUUUGUUGUGACAACAGAUGGUCACAAGGAAGAUUUUUCGUAUAGAAAAUGCCUGGAGAAUUACAUUAAGGAAAAGUAUGCUGAUGUUGCCGAAACAUUCAUAGGCAAGUAUUUUACCAGGAGAGGAGGGAAUCGGGAGCGAAACCCCACUCCAAGUCAAUACCCCAUUCCACAACAGACUCCAAGCCAAACUCCCAUUGCAGAGGAAACUGUAAGUCAAACCCCCAUUUCGGAGCAAACUGGGAACGAGGAGACGCAGUAGGGCAUGGCUAUUCCUGGGCAUCGGUCAUUUUGAGAUUCUGAUGUAAUUAGGUUCCGAACCUUCUGCAACUCUGCCUUUUGAUUUGUAUAUAUUAGGCAGUCGUUAGCAGCUCCCGACAAAUUCAGCAUUUCGUUCGUUGCUUUAUGUUUAAUUCGAGAGCGUUGAUUAGUUUAACUAGUUGGUAGCUACUGGAUGCAGUUAACCUGAACCCUGAAUUGGGAGAAAAGUGAGCUGCUUACUUAUGUUGCAGUUGAAAAAAAUCAAGUUAUUAUAUAUGAAAUGCAGAAGUCUUGUCAA